AUGCAGAGUCUGAAAGCAAUUUUAUGUGCCUCUUGGCUUAAUGUUCUUCUCAUAUUUAUCCCCGUAUCGUGGGCGUUGCAUUUCGCACUACCGCAUUCUUUUGCCAACAGAGAUACCAUAAUUUUCGUUUUUUCGUUUUUGGCCAUUAUACCCUUAGCAAAAAGUCGACUUAUUGUCAAGUUGUUGGGAUUUGCUACUGAAGAACUUUCGCUAAGAGUUGGGCAGACGUUAGCUGGACUUCUCAACGCAACAUUGGGCAAUGCCGUAGAACUUAUCGUCGCUAUCAUUGCCUUGGUUCAAUGUGAACUUCGUGUGGUUCAGGCGUCGUUGGUGGGAUCCAUCCUUAGUAAUCUGCUUCUUGUUCUCGGGAUGUGCUUCUUUGCCGGCGGCAUGAAGUACUCUGAACAAGGUUUCGGAAUAAGCGCCGUCCAAUUAAAUUCAUCCCUAUUGACAAUUAGUGUCAUUGCUGUCCUUCUCCCUGCCGCUUUCCACUUUGCUGCGGACCCAGCGCUCUCAGAUGACCAAGAAAAACAUGAUAUCUUGGCAGUUAGUCAUGGCGUCGCCGUUAUACUUCUGAUAAUCUACGGUGCAUAUCUUAGUUUCCAGCUAUACUCCCAUACUGCACUGUAUCAAGACAAAGGGAAACACACCAUUGUCAGCACUGGUUAUGACUCGCCUAAGUUCAGGAUGCAAGGCUUAAAAAAUUUCCGCCACCGUCACGAUGACGUACAUAGUACUGAUAUCGAAUCGACUGCACAAAGACUUGGUGGCCCAGCAUCUGUAGAGAGUAGUACAACUUUACACAAUGGAGGACCGCACAUACAACAAUUCGGUCUUGCAAGUCCUAAUGGUAACAACUUGAAUGUCGCUGCUGUAGAAAAGGCCCAGGAAAAUGUAGAGGAGGAAGAGGAAAAGCCUUCUCUAAGCAUCGUCGUCACUGUCGGCCUGUUAAUAACCGUCACUAUUUUGGUCGCGGUUACUGCUGAAUGGUUGGUUGAUUCUAUAGACGGCAUGACGAGCAACGGAAAAAUCUCCAAAGAAUUCGUCGGUAUGAUUCUGCUGCCCAUUGUAGGCAACGCAGCAGGGUGGAUCCUUGGGAAACCAAUGACCUUGCUGUUCGAUCCUUACGAAUCUGUGACCAUGUUUCUGGCAGUUCUUACAGUGAACUACGUUGUUCAAGAUGGCAAAUCAAAUUGGCUAGAGGGCUUUCUUCUUAUGGGUCUGUACUUUAUCUUGGCAGUUACCUUUUGGUUCUAUCCUGGCUCCGAUCCUUUUGGGCUCCUUGAUAAAUGCUGA